GAAAAAAACUACUUUUUUCUAUCUGUCAUGCUCCAAAUGUUAGUGUUCGAUGAAUCAGAUUAAUCAGGAACUCCCGAUUGCCUGAGGCUCAGUCUUUAUUCCGUGGUUGCACGAUGAAACUUUCGAGUUCUAUAUUUUGGUGGAUCGUGAGUAUCCUUUUUGCAGUCAGUAUAAUUGAAGGGAGGCCAAAUCGUCGUUAUGAGGACGACACCGAUUUGAGUUCACCAAAAUAUGAUGAUGUUUCAGUUGAGCGUGUAAGUAUAAAGGUCUAUCGCGGCGCUAAUCGAAAAGAAAAGGGAAAAAUUUACGUCCCUUGGGGUGUUUGGAUAAGGCAGCCAAGCGGUCAGCGAAUUAAUUAAGUCAAAACGGUUUCACAAACUGUCAUUAUUUUUCAACAAAUACUUCUCGUUCGUCGAAUGGUUCAUGUUUAAUCCUCGAAGUGAAGUUUCACUAUUUUUUGCCUAUGUGUAAAUAAAUGGAUGAAUAAUUUUGAUUCGCCUUGCGUAUUUUUAAUUAUGUACCUACCCACUCGUAUUGUUUUUGAAUUUUUUAAUUUUGAAUUCGAUACGCCCUUAUAUAAGCACGCGUCAAUCUCUUCUUAACUGUUACCUUACCGACCCCCCACUUUUAUACUGUUAGAGCAGCUGAUGGAUUACUUCAUACUUCAAUUUUGGUAUACGCACGUGCAUCCGGUGCCGACAAGAAAACUUGCGUUCUGUUUUCCUUCCAAAUACUCACGAAAAAGUGUUAACGUUAAAACCAUUUAUCGUGAUUGCAAUGGCUUUCAAAAUAAGCCUAUUCGACUUCGUUGAGUAAAACACGACAAUGAAUAAUCGUCAUGUUAUUAUCUAAAAUGCGGACUUAACCUACCUACUUAUUUCUUCUACCUACUUAGUUCUGAAUGAAUCUUUAGUAGGCAAAUCUAUGGUCGAACUGUCACAUUAAUUCAAGUAAUCAUACCGAAUUAUAUUAUUGGAAAGCAUAUAAUAAAUAUCUGUUUGAUUGAAUAAUACAAAAAACAUCAUGUCGACCUCAAGAGAGGAAGAUGAAGUAAUAAAUAUGAAAAGUGAGCCUGAGCAAGAUGAUUCGGACAACUGCAAAUACUGCCUAGAGCUAUGUGAUCCUUGUGAAAAACCAGCAAUCCGCUGUAUGGGAUUGUGCUCAAAAAAAAUUCAUGUCAAGUGUUUGAGACGGGGUGGAGUGCCGAGUCCUCUAAGUGGAGAUGUUUUUUUCAACCUAACGUGCGAAGAAUGCAGCCCUUUGGGUGAAGCUUUGACCAGAGACAAACUUUCUUGGUUCGGAGUUCUUGUUCUCACUCUUUAUAACUUGAGAGAAAAAUCUAGUGGAAUUAGCAAAAGAGGAUAUUUUCAUUGGAAAUCCGAUAUUAGCACUUUUGUUGAACGUAAUUGGGAACAUUUGUUCCAGAAAGGCAUAAAAAGAAAAAAAAACUGGGUUGGCACAAUAUCAGGCACCCUCUCGCACUUCAGCGGAGUUUUUUUCAAGUCAGGAACAACGGAACUGAAUGAAUCAGGAUGGUGGCGGUUGUGUGACACUGAUCCACCAGAAGUUUUGAUAGAAAGGAAUCUCAAAAUCGUUUUAGACCGCAAGAGACAUUCUCUCAGCCAGCCAAAAAAUUGUCGCAGACAAUACAGCAGUCCAACACCCUCAGAGUCCAGUAUUUCUUUCGGAGAAGAUAGCAACUGCGCUACAGACAAUGCCAGGACCCUGGCGCCUUCAAUGUACUCGAGAGCAUACGUACAGCCAACUGAAAUUCUUUCAGACUUUUUACUUGCCGAUGAAGACAUCCCUGACAUGUUAGACAUCGAGGACCAAUUGGAUAUGAACAACCAUCAUGAAUCGUUAUCGAUUGCGGAAAUGAUACAGGAUGCGCAAAACCAGAAUGAUCAAAGUUGCGACAGCGGCGGAACGACGUUUUCCCAUACUCUGAACAAUCUUGUACCUGAAUGGAUGAACAACAUGCUAAACGAAUCGUCCAGUGUCGUCGGUGACGAAAUCAAAGAGUUUCAGGAACGUGAAGAGAAAGGGCAGUGCGACAAUGAGGAUAGUUGCGACAGUUCGAGCUCUGUAAAGGAAAUACCAUCGUCGUUAUUCACUAUCAACCCGAGAAGAGAGUGGCCGUGGAAAAGAAAGCCCGUAGCAGCGGAAAAAAAGCCGAGAAUGAGUCACCACGAAGAGUCGUAUCUGCUUCAAAGCAUCAAUAAAUCGGAUUUAGAUUUAUUCACACCAGCGAAUCGGCGGAUUUACCGAAAGCUAGCAGUUCGAAAAUUGAAGCGAGAAUAUAGUUUGCCCAUCUUCGACAUCGACCGUUUUGGUGUGAAUUCAAAGUCUGACGAAAAAUUCAGCAAAUACGGGAAUCGAGUGCUGGAUCGAUUUUCGUGCGACAAUAUCAACGGAUUUUUCGAACAACGUUUGGCCGGACAUCACGAGCCCACUGCCGUUCACAGCCCUUAUACGAACAGGCUUCUAAAACCAUUCAUCAGGAGAGACGCAAUUUGUACUCCUCUUUGGCUCAGAAUUACUGACGAGCUUUGCGCGAAGGCGAACAGAAAAAAUCUCGAAUGGAAACCAAAACCACGGAGUACGAUUGAUUAUUGCUAUGUACGACCGCACCACAUUCCUGCUGUCAAUAGUUUAUGCAGUCAAUUCUUUUGGCCAGGAAUCGAUUUAACCGAAUGUCUUCAAUAUCCGGACUUCAGUUGUGUAGUUUUGUACAAAAAGCUGGUGAUUGGAUUCGCAGUUUUAGUACCGGACGUCGGUUGCAACGAAGCUUACAUUUCGUUUUUCGUGACCCGUCCAGAAUGGCGUAAAUCUGGAAUCGGAACGUUCAUGCUGUACCAUUUGAUACAAACUUGCAUGGGCAAAGACGUUACUCUGCAUGUUUCAGCUACAAAUUCAGCCCUCAUACUGUAUCAAAAAUUUGGCUUCAAAAUCGAGGAAUUUAUUCAAGACUUUUAUGAUAAAUACAUGCCACCUGGUCCACGGGAAUGCAGACACGCGCUAUUUCUGAGACUGAACCGAUAAUUCGACAUGCCUACCUUAAAAGUUCACAAUUCAGAGAAGGUAAAUUCCUCACCUGAAAAAUGAUUUGUACAAAAUGUCCUGGUUCGUAAAAAAUAAUUUAUAUCGAGUAGUGAGUUCCACAAUCGAUUUUCAGUUGAUGGUGUAAUAUAUAUUUUGUAAACAUUGAGUGAUUUAUAUUUUAAAAAAACAUAGUUUUUGAAUAAGGCGACGCUCGCGUGCUGUUUUGGAAUUUUCAAAAUUCCUCUUACGUUAAUGACAGAAUUACAAAUAACAGACUUUUUGGAUCUCUCAACGUUAUCACUUUUACUUGUAAUAAUUUGUUUAAAAAUAAAUUUUAUAUUUUGCUAUGAAAA